UGUCACAACGAUUCUUGACAGUAAAAUAACAAAAUUUGUGCCGAACAGAUCGAUCGUCGAGUGAUCGCAAACAAUUUGCAAGUCGAACAAAGAGUUUGUUUUUUCCCAAUAAAGAAUUGUGCGACAAUAAUCAUUGAAAGUGUGAAUUGCAGCCAGUGAACGGUUUUUUGAAAACAGAAUCAAAAAGAAUUACAAAUCAAAAUUCGCUAACGAAGUUAAGUGUCAAAAAAAAAAUACUUGCUGUGAUAAUCAAUUGAAUAUACAACUUUACGAAUUUUACAAAACUUUAUCAAUAUUUCAAAAAUCAAAAGCAUUUGAACUGAAAAAGGGCGUGUUUCCGUUUUACAUUACAACAAACAUUGUAGGAAUUUCGUUGCAAUUUCUGUAAGGUGUGCCACGUAGUUUUCUUGAAACAAUUAGAAGGACAAUUGUCUUUAAGUGCCCUCGAAGCUUAAACUCUUGAAACAAAAGCUAACAAAAGCAGCAAUGGCAAAAUUCUUCAUCAUCGCUUUGUGCAUACUGGUGCCACUGGCCAGCCUCAAUUUCGGCGUUGCAGCACAGGAAGGCGUCAACAAUUACCUGGAUGUGGAGACGCCGAACUUUUUCCAAUACAACUCGCCACUGCGACGACCCGAAAGUCUACGCUCGCCACAGUACUUUGAUUUCUUGAGCACACUGUAUCGUCGUGAUGCCGCCAAAGCGGAUCUAUUCCGUCCGUACGUGAGAUCACGUCGUGCCGCAGCCGAUGCGCCGCUCACCGUGCCAUUGGAUGUGGCGCUUUCGCCGGUGGCCGCUGUGGCUGCGUCUGGCGCGGCGCCACUGGAUGAGCGUCCACGUCGUGCCGUUGUCUUCCGUCCGCUGUUCGUUUACAAACAGCAACAGAUUCGCCGGGAGGAGUUGUCGAAACGUCGCCGUCGUGUGUGAAGUGUUGCGGAUGGCAUGUUGUACAGAGUCAACGUACGGCUCUUGCUUGCAUACAUCUGAAAUACACUGCGAUCUUAUUAUAUUAUUUUUUACUUAUAUUUUGUAUAUUUAUGUAAUUACACUUUGUUUGUUGUUGCCAUCGCUUGCGUGCCUCAUCUCGUCUUUAGCGCUUAACAUGAAUUUGAAAUUUCUCUUUAACCAUUUACUGUUCUGCACAUUGUUUCGCCUUAAUUUAAAGAAAAAUCCAAAUCUAGAUUAAGCGAGAACUUCGUCACUAAACAUUGGCCAUUAAGAUUUCUGAAACUUGUUUCUGUACAUAAUCACCUACAUGUGUAUGUACAUGUGUACUUAGUAAAUUAGAAUUAACCUAUUAUUACCUAAGUAUAUCGAAAUUAAAGAAAAUAUUAAUAAUAAAAAAUAAAAUUAUCUUCAUAAUUAAAAGAAAAAGUAUUUCGCUGUGCAGCAUACUUUUAGCAGGCGAAUAUUCGUUAUUAUUGCACGAAACAAGUGUAUUUUUAAGACUUGUUGAGUUGUAAAGUGAAAAAAGUAAAUUAAUUAUUAUGAAAUUGUUAACAAUUCACGAGCCAAAAUGAGUGUGCACUAAAUGAAAAUAUAUACCAUGUAAAACAAAUAAUAUUUAUGUAAAUAAAUAUAUUACUAUAUCAACUA